CAGAGGCAGCGGAUGUGAAAAAACAAGAGGAGAGAAAAGGGCCGGGCUUCGAGACUCAGACCACAACCUGCUCCGCGCCGUCUGUAGAAAAUAUCCAGCUGAAGGCAGAAACAAGCUCGGGUGCCAUCUCAGAUUUUUCUGCGCGCAUUUUGGGCUCGAGUUGUUUCCCGGGGUUCUGCAGCACUCGCUCAAAAGUUAGAAGAAGUUUGGACUUGUUUUGUUUGGCGUGUGCACGCAAUGAUGGCCACUUACAGCCCGGAGGAUGGCCAAAUGGCCCUGAUGAUCCAUGACACUAACAGCACCAAGGAGAAGGAGCAGCUCAAAGAGGAGCCGGUCCAGGAGAAAGUCACGGAGAAGCCCGACCCGUCUCAGAAGCCUCCCUACUCCUAUGUCGCUCUGAUCGCCAUGGCGAUCCGGGAGAGCUCGGAGAAGCGGCUGACUCUGUCUGGCAUCUACCAAUACAUCAUCAGCAAGUUUCCGUUCUACGAGAAGAACAAGAAGGGAUGGCAGAACAGCAUCAGGCACAACCUGAGUCUCAACGAGUGCUUCAUCAAGGUUCCGAGGGAGGGCGGCGGCGAGAGGAAGGGGAACUACUGGACCCUCGACCCGGCUUGUGAAGACAUGUUCGAGAAGGGGAACUAUCGGAGACGGCGCAGGAUGAAGCGGCCUUUCAGACCACCCCCGACUCACUUCCAGCCGGGGAAGGCCUUGUUUGGGGGGGACGGCUACGGGUACUUGUCCCCGCCCAAGUACCUGCAGUCCGGUUUCAUGAACAACUCCUGGUCUCUGGGCCAGGCGCCGGCUCCGAUGUCCUACACCUCCUGUCAGAUGGCCAGCGGGAACGUGAGUCCGGUGAACGUGAAGGGUCUGACUGCCCCGUCGUCCUACAACCCCUACUCCCGCGUGCAGAGCAUGGCGCUCCCCAGCAUGGUGAACUCUUACAACGGCAUGAGUCACCACCACCACCCGGCGCAUCCCCACCACGCGCAGCAGCUGAGCCCGGUGACCGCGGCGCCGCCUCCGGUCUCCUCCAGCAACGGUGCGGGCCUCCCGUUCGCCUGCUCGCGCCAGCCACCGGAGCUGUCCAUGAUGCACUGCUCUUAUUGGGAACACGAGACCAAACACUCCGCGUUACACACGAGGAUUGAUAUUUAAAGUUCUGCCGGUUGUUUCAUGCGAUUUCAAAACAGUAUUUUGAGUUGGAUGAGCUGUUUGGGUCCACGGAACCAGACGUGGGAUGGAGAGAGGCCUCGUGAGCAUCUGGGAUCCGCUGCGUGCGCCUGAGUUCAACUCGGACUGAUGCUUUUAGUUCUGUUUAGUUUGUGAAAGGAUUGUUUUAGUCGCUGGACAUGCUGACGUCGCUCCAACUGGAUUGUUGCUGUGCGUAAAAGUGCUCUGUUUGCGCACAGCUCCUUCAGUGUUGUCUGGUGAGAGGAGGACACGUUUCUUCAGAAGUCAGUGGAUCUGGAUCAGCUCGUUCUGAGCCUCGCGCGUGAUCGAUUCUGGUCACGAAAAUACAAAAAGUAGAAAUCGGCCAGAGAAGAGCCAGCUCUAUUCAGGGCGUUCCAUCUUUCUGCGUGUUGGACAGAUGAAGCCGCAGCAGAACCGGAGUUUCUUUUUCUUUCUAAUUAUGAUUAUUAUUAAUAUUUUUAUAAACGUGAUUAAGUCUCAUUCAUUUCGGGGCCAUGUUUCAUUUUUCAUUAGCACUUUGCCCUUUUUUAGGUUUGUGAAUUUCUUAAUAAACUUGUAUUUUCUAAACAAA